AUGCUGAUGUUUGUUUUUAUUCACAUUGAAUCUUCACAUGUUGACAGAUCUGCAUUCACUGAUAAUAGUGAACAUCUCAAUGUUGAAUCAUUGAUUGAAAACUUGAAGAAUGUGAUAAUGAAGAAAUUGUCUGUAUUAUGUAUAACUGAGUCUUUCAUGUCUCUCUCUACUCUCUCUGUUUCUUUCUCUGCUGCUCUCUCUCAAUCUCUUACACCUGUCUCUGUGUCUGAUUCUCCUGCUCCUGCUACUUCUGUUUCUGUGAUCUCUACUUUCACUACUUCUGCUUCUAUCACUGCCUUCAUUACUAGCUCACCCUGUUUCAAGAAGAUGUUGUGUAGACUCAGUGAACUACAUUUCUCAAGAAUCACUCUCUCUCUCAACAGUAUUAAAAUUAUAA